AUCAGUUUAUGUCUAUGAGUGGCAAAGACGUGUGAGUGUUUGUGUGGGGAGACGAACUUGGUAUUGUUGUGGUUGUGGUGAACUGUGCUGGUUUGAACAACUAAAUUUACAAGUUCAAUCUUCGCUGCAUUGAACAUUAAUUACUUUUUAACAAUUUCAAAAAACAAUAAGUGAAACUAAAUUAAUGGUGCAAUAUUUAUGACAUUCUAAAAUGUCAUCUCCCAGCGCUGGCAAAAGACGUAUGGACACUGAUGUUAUUAAACUCAUAGAAAGCAAACAUGAGGUGACAAUUCUGGGGGGUUUGAAUGAAUUUUGUGUCAAAUUUUAUGGACCAAGAGGAACGCCUUAUGAAGGUGGCGUUUGGAAAGUUCGGGUACAUUUACCCGAACAUUAUCCAUUCAAAUCACCCAGUAUAGGGUUCAUGAACAGAGUUUAUCACCCCAAUAUAGAUGAAGUAUCAGGUACAGUUUGUUUAGAUGUUAUUAAUCAAGCUUGGACAGCACUUUAUGAUUUAUCCAACAUUUUUGAGUCGUUUCUUCCCCAACUAUUAACAUACCCAAAUCCAAUUGAUCCUUUGAAUGGGGAUGCAGCUGCAAUGUAUCUUCACAAACCUGAGGAAUACAAGAAAAAAGUUUCUGAAUAUGUUAGAAAAUAUGCCACAGAGGAAGCAUUGCGCGGUGGGGAAAACAUAAGUUCAGAUAGCGAGUCUAGCAUGUCAGAUUUUUCAGAAAAUGAGGCCGAGGAUAUGGAGUUAUAACGCCGGCUGUUGACAUCUUUUAUUAUUCAUUAUGCUCGCUCAAUCAAACUUCCUCAUUGGCUGAAAAAUUCUGAUUUAGAGUUAAAAUGUGAUGUGCUUAAACUGUUAUUUAUAUUAUCUUGAUUGUUUUGCAUUUUAUAGUUUAUUUUGUUGCCCAGUCUGUCUCAGGGUUAAAAAAAACUGGAAUGCAGUCUUUGUAAGACACGGGCAGACAUUAUUUUUAAGACUUAGGGUUUAAAUGCAUUAGGGACAGUGGAGAACAAUUUUAUUUAUUGCUUUUGCAGUUUUUUUUUUUUGGAGGACCAGCUUUAUUAUAAGUUUGAAAUAGAUAUCUGAAAACCAAAAUUAUUUCAAACUUACACCAACCAAGAGUCAUUUUUUAGCAAAUUGAUUUUUAUUGUAUUAUGGUUUUUUAAUAAAACUCUCCUUUUUACAAAAUAUAUUGUGGAUAAAUUUGUGAAUAAAACAUAUUUGUACCUCGUUAGGUUCAAGUUCAUAGUUAUUCGCUAGCUAUUUCAAGAAAUAAGUACUCUCGGUGGUUGGCUAGUGGCGUAUCAAUGGAAUCCAGAGUACUAAUAGUACACUCAAAACCACCAAAAAAAAAAAGUUGAAUCAGUCACAUUGUUUUGCAUGGACCUCUUUGUUGUCAUUUAUUUUUAAUUAAAUUAAUAUUAUUGCAGAAUAUAUUGUGGAUACAUUUGAGUUGAACACAUUUUUUUAAUAUAUUUUUAUUUCCUUAGGUUCAUAUUCACAGUUGCUAGCUAGCCAUUUCAAGAAAUAUAUACUUUCAUUUGUUGGUAUGUGGCGUACCCCAGGGUGGUCUGAAUUUUUGGUAACAUCAUUACAUCAGGUAUUGGCAACUUAACACAGCAAACCGACAACAUAUAAAACUCUGCCUGUGAUAAGAAUAAAAAUUAUCAAAAAAUAACACAUGGCACCCUGUUUAGUUAAUAGAAAUUACCUACUUAUCUUGUUGUAACUCAGUCAAAACGGAAUGUUUUUUUAUUGUACACGAAAUGUUUCCAGUAGGCCUCAGAUUCCUUUUUUUUUUAUUUAUAGGAAUAUCGAUCUACACAAAUUCCAAAUUUCUAGCACGUAUUUUUUUUAUUUAUGUAUAUUAUUAAUUUACACAUAUCCAUUUCGGACAUUAAAAAAGGAGGAAAUAUUUUUUUUUAAUUUAUUUUUUUGUAUGCUUAUACCGCAUUGUGGACAAAAAAGGUGUAUAAAAUCCGAGCGACAAACAUUUUUAUGUAUAUAUGUUUUUAAUUUAUAUAUGAAGACAUCAAUCUAAACAAGCCCCGAAUUUCGGUUAUUGCAGACGAAAAACAUUUUUUCGUGUUUCUUUAUUAUGUAUAUUUUUGAUUAACACAAAUUCUGCAUUUUUACAAGUCACUCGAAACUUCUCGUUUCGGUAUCCAACUGACCUGCCCAGUAAUGUCGAUUAAGAAAACUAACAAAUGAAUCAUCAAAACCAAAAAAACAGCUUGUGAAAUAAAAUAAUAGGCGUGAUUUGCUAAUACAUUUGUUAAAAAUACCCAGUGGUCUGAGCAGAUACUCAUUUUUUUGUUGCGUAUAUUAUAUAUGAUUUGUAUAUUAGCGGAAUAGGUGUGCAAUUAAUUUCAGAGUGAAAAUGGCGUUUUUGUAUUUUUGUUGCACAAUAGUGUAUAUAUUGAAUGACAAAAGUGCUUCUAAUAGCAAAAGCUUACUAAACCAACAAGCCAUUAUUGCAAAGUAAGUUUUGGUCCUGUUAACUUUAUCUACUUAGUUGAACAGAUAAGUUUUUGUGGUCUCAUUAAAUACCUAACUGUAAAUAGAUAUGUUUAUCGAUUAUUAUUUAAAAAUCAUUUGAGUACUUUCUCUAAGACAGGAUGUAUUUUUAUAUAGAAAACCUUUUCGUGUGUUUUUUCAUAUUUUGAUGUAAGGCUAGUUUAUAAGAGUUUAAAUCUGUCAUAAGUAACCAUUUUUGGAAAGUUUAUCAUAAUGUGUCUUAUUAGUGAGUUAAGUUUUUAUAGUUUGACAGCGAACAUACAAAACGUUUGAAACAAAAAGUACAGGCAAAUUUCUGGUCAUUUAAGAAUCUUGCACUAUAGUAUAUAUAAUAUUUACAUCAAAAGUAUGUUUGCGGAUGGACUAUAACUGCACAAUAAUUAUUGGGUUUUAAGUCUAGCUGUUGUCAAUGAAAAAAUAUAUUGAAAAAACAUUGUCCUCGCGCAAUGACAAAAAUACAUCACGUUUAUAUUUUUAACUACGACUAAUAAAAAGAAUUUUAAAGUGUAGGUCAUAUUGGUAGCGUAACCUUAUCAAA